UGUGAGUGUGCGUAUGUGUGUAUACCUGUGUGUGUGUGUGUGUGUGUAUAUAUGUGUGUGAGUGUGCGUAUGUGUGUAUACCUGUGUGUGUGUGUAUAUGUGUAUGUGUGUGUGUGUACAAAAAACACAUAUUUAUCUACACAAUAUAUUACCAGCGUAUAAUAUGGAUGUUACACUUUCAUUCUGUUAUUUUCUCUCUCAUUCCUUUUCUCCCUCCCUUUAACCCUCCCCCUCUUCCUUUCCUCUUCCUGUAGUACAAAGCUUGAUCAGCAGCAACUAAACUUCAGAAACUGCUCAUCACUUUCCUCAACACAUAUAUCAGGAAAAACCCAUCAAUUCCUCAACUUUAUUUUACAGAUUAAUUUACUCCCCACAGAACCCUCACCCAUCUCAUUUCUUACUACGCUGAAAACUUUCUCUUCUCCUGUAGAUAUAACUUUUUUUAUUUUUAUCUCUUUUGACCAUUUGUUUCUGUCUGUUUUGGUUUUCACUCACCUCCCCCUUGGAUUAAUCCCUGCUUUGGGAUGAGUGAACAGGAGGGAGACGGCAGUCCCAGUGGCUUCACUCUGGAUAAAGAAUUUCUUAAUUCUCUGAAAGGACGAAUUCUUCUGGCAGAGCUGGUCCUCUGCUUUGUGGUUUUCAUCUGCUUUGCAGCCUCCAUCUCCUCCUAUCUCGCAGCUCCACUGCUUGAGUUCAUCAUCACCCUCAUAUUCCUCAUCAUUUUCUCCAGUCGCUACCAUUUCCGCCUGACCUCUCUCAACUGGCCAUGCACGGAUUUCUUGCGGUGUGUGUCUGCUGCUGUAAUCUUCCUGGUUAUCUCCAUCGUGGCUGCGGCUCGGAGCUCAGGGGAAGGCGGAGCAAUUACAGCUGCUCUAUUCGGUUUUAUCCUGGUUUGUGUCUUCUCUUAUGAUGCAUUCAACAUUUACAAGGCAAACCUCUUAGAACAAGCAGCAGGUGAAAACCAAGGGGGUGCUGCUGUCUAAUGUCAAGUAGAAAAGUCAUCACUAGGAGGAUUUUCACCUCGUUCAUAAUUCUCCUCGAUUUUCCUGCCCAUAUUUAAUUUUUUAUUAUUAUGUUCUGAGCCUGUAUGACCAUUACCAAAUCUGAAGUCUGAUUGUCUGCUAGAAACACGGUGUCAGAGCACCUACACAAAAUGUGCUUCACAUUAAAUAUGUUCUUAUGUAUCUUAUAAGUUCUGACUUUUUUAUCACAAUUGAAUAGGUUUAAAAGCAUUUUCCUAUACACAGUUUUAUUGUACAAUUUUUUAUUGUAUAGAUUACAUAAAAUAAAAAUCCAGUUCCAUUCUUUAA